AUGAAUUCAUUGGUGCUUGUAACGAUCUUUGACUUUCUCGUGCUCGAGGAUCAAUUAUCGUUCCGAUUGGUAAACAAGUCCUUGUCGGAGGAAUUGAAUAUUUCUUCUUCUCAUGGAAGCAGUAAAAGUGGUAUGGAGAAGGAUAAGGGAAAUCAAGUCAAGAAUUUGAUUCAAUUGAUGAUGCGAUUGAAAAGUCAACAUGAUGAAUACCUUCAAACAAUGACAGUUCAAGCACAACAAGAUUCAUCCAAGAGAUUGGCCCUCUAUUUUCAUGGAGCAAUUACAAAAGUGAACGCUACGAUACGAAAUUAUUUGAUUACUCAUGCAAAUGAAGAGAAUGGUACAAUGUUGGAAAAUCCAUUGAGUCAAUAUUUUCAAAAUACUAACGAUUCGAGCUACAAAAGUAUUGUGAACAAUGAAGAAUAUGUUGAACUAUUUCAGUAUGGAGUGGUGCACUACUAUCGUUGGAUUGAAGGAGUUAACUCUAGAUCUCAAGGAGGAAGAUGUGUCAUUAAAAUUCAGAAAAAGAACAGUGCAGAUCAUGUGAUAAUCACUCAACAUCAUUGCUUAGGUCCCAAUACACGUACAGAAACUUAUGAUCAAUUUUAUCGAAUGGAAUGCCAAUUCGGCAAAGACGAGACUAACAUCGUAAUCAUUGAUUUCUUGUUUGACUAUGAUACACACACUGAUGAUUUGGACGGAGAAGGUGUUGGUUUCAUUUUGAAAGACGUACUCGAAAGAAUUUUAGAAGAAACUGAGCUACCAAAUGAUUGGAAUUGGAAGAGCUUGACUAAAUUCUUGAUGAAAUGUUCUGGAUCAUACAAGAUGAAAAUCACUGAACCAACCUUCCCUUAUCCGUAUUCUAAUACCUUAGAAAGACUGCGUGACAAAAAGAAUACCAUUACCGACCAAGUUCGUCCAAUUCCAAACGAAAGUGCCGAACAAUUGGAUGGUGUCGAAUUCAUGGAUGCCCUUGUAAAUGAGUAUUUUUCAAGUUGUCGACAAACUAGCCCCUCCCGAACCAUGUAUGACCUUUGCAAAUUGAGAGAACGAACUUGCCGUCUGUAUGCCAAGCAUAAUUAUACUCUGUUGCCAUUAAAUCGGGUAGAGAAUGGCCUGAAAAAUAUGAUUUCACACAUUGAAAGCAAGUUAGUAAGAUAUGGCUCUGGUUGUUCCAUAGAUGUUUCAUUUGUAGAAUAUGUGGCUGAAUAUUAUUUAAGUUCUGAAGCGUAUUUCAAAUUGCCUGGAAAUGAGAAUCUUGUCUUGAUUUCUUUGAAAAUGCAUCGUGAAUACUUGUACGGAUUUGAUGAGAAUUCAGAGCUCUCUUUUUUCGUUGGAGACAAGAUGGUUGAAGACUAUGGCCAGUUGUAUGAACUGUUUUUUACAAUUAACAAAACAAAUGAUCAUUUCAAUGAUGAUGAGGAUUGUAUUAAGACAACCAUUAUUGGCAAUGAAGAUUCUGACAAGAACAAUGGUUCAGGGGGAUUUCAGGUUAAAUUAUUGAUCGAGGGUUUAAGUAUUGUAUUAGCCAAGCAACAUGGUGUCGUAUUUUCAGAAGUGCAACAAGAUACAGCAAGUUUGGAUCAUUAUUUGGUGUAUUGGGGGAACUCUUUAAAGCCAUUCGAGGUCAAUUGA